AGCUGCUAUUAUAAAUUUUAAUUAAUUAAGAACCUUCUACAAGAAAAAAAAUGAUUUUCUGACUUAGUCCACGGCCAGAACUAGGCCUUUUAGAACACAUUAUGGGCCAAAUGCCAAGUGACCUACCAGAACUUUCGUUUAACUUUUGGAAGUUCUGCCUCCCACCUGUCAUUCAAAGCUCCAAGGCAAAUUUCCAUCUCUCAACAUAUCAAAUGGAAUCAAGUGAAGAUAUAGAGCUGAUCAAUCUGGCAAUCCAGAAACUCAUAGAAGAAAAGAGAAUCAAAGAUACCUCUGGGUAUAAAUUCUCUGAAGACGAUGAUGAUCAGCUCCUCUCCAGAUUGCUCUCUCAGUUAGAAUCAUUAAAAGGAGAUAUCACGCUGAAGCAAUCUGAACUAGAGGUAACUUCUCGAAGGGUUGAUAAAGCAGAGGCAAAAAGUGAAAAUGGCAGUCAAGUGGACAGUGGAUGUGGGGAAAUUGGUGUAGAAGAGAUAGUGAAAGAGCUUAAAGCGAUUAAGAAGCAGAAUACAAUAACCCAUUGCCUUCUUUCAUUGAUAAUUGUUGUCACUGUAACCUGGCAACUCUCUGAGGUUUCCCUCUUUCUCAAAGUUAAAAAUGGUUUGACUCACCCUUUUAGAUCAUUUGGGAGAGUGCUUGUGGGUAUGCUGUCAAGUCCUGUGAUUAAUACCCAUGAAGCUGAGAAACAUAACCUUAAUCACCUUGUUGACCCUUCGCUCCCUUUCGUCAAUAUCACUGACCUUCCACAUUUGGGAUCAAGCAGUGAACACUAAGCCUGAGCCAUUGAAGGUUUCGUCCAUGACAGUUUAUGACUGGUUCAAAUUCAAUCAGUGGCGAAGAAAAGCAGUAAAGUGGAGUGAAAUGCAAAUUUGUUUCUUUUAUUUCUUUAUAUUCUGUUGAAAUGCAAGUAGUAAAGUAGGAUUCGAGAAAUCAAAUUUUAUAGAAACAUUUCGAAUUUGGGUUUCAAGGAAUAAGAGAUAUUUCAUUUGUCUUCCAAAUCCGAUACAUGUACAUUGCCGCUGCACAUAGUUAUCAACGUUAGUGAAUUCAACCAGAAAAACAGAAACAUCUGUGAGGGUUCAUUCCUCUGCAAACCCCAGUGGGAGCUUGAUCAUCCAUUAUCGAUAAAACUGAUGUCAGUUCCACCAUCAAUUUCCUGUAAUUAAAUAUAAUUGCUAGAGAAUACUAAUCUGUAAUAGCAAAGCUUUAGAUACCAAUAAAUCCAUCUUUAAAUCUGGAGAAAAAGGUACCAAAAUUAAGUAAUAAACAACCCAAUUUUUCAAGCCAAGGCUCCAGAGCUCUGCACAAACAGGGGUCAAUCCCUUGAAUGAAAAUAAGGAAACAAAAAGAGACCAUUUUCCGUAGACCUACAACUGCA